UCACAGCUCCUCUCAGCUCCCUGAGCCUGUGGAUGAUUCGUUAAGGAGCUCUGUGCAAGGGGAUGUCUGCAGCUGGACUUGGAGUGCUGCCUGGAUGCUGCUGAGAGUACAGGGGAGUCUCACAGGGCAAUCUCAAGGCAUCUGGGAUAUUCUGUGAACACAUAUCUUCUCUGACAAACAUACCAUGGAUCUGGAUGCAAAACUAUUCUGUGUUUUUCUGCCUUUGAUCGCCUCUACAUGGCAUUUAGGAUCAACAGCUGCAAACUAUAAUUGUGAUGAUCCACUGGUGUCCUCACUGCCACAGACAUCGUUUGACAGCUCCUCUGAACUGCUCAGUACCCACAGCCAUAUCUAUGCAAAACUCCACAGCAGAGAUGAAGGUGGCGGUUGGUCUCCACUGGAAUCAAAUUCGAGGCAGUGGUUACAGGUUGACCUUGGCGAGAGAUACGAUAUCACAGGUGUUGCCACACAGGGCAGAUUUGGGAGUUCCGACUGGGUGACUCGUUACAGCAUCAUGUUUAGUGAUACAGGGCGCAACUGGAAACCAUAUCACCAUGACAACAGCAUAUUGGUGUUUUCUGGAAAUACAAAUGCAGAUGGCGUGGUGCAGCAUAAAUUUCAGCACUCUAUAAAAGCGAGAUUUUUACGUUUCGUGCCCCUCGAGUGGAACCCCAAUGGGGGGAUUGGCGCCCGUAUAGAGGUUUAUGGUUGCACAUACAAAUCAGAUGUAGCUGACUUUGAUGGUCGAAGCUCGCUCCAAUACAGGUUCAAUCAGAAACUGAUGAGCACAUUUAAAGACGUCAUCUCUUUAAAAUUCAAGAGCAUGGAGAGCGAUGGAGUUUUGUUCCAUGGAGAAGGACAGCGAGGCGAUUAUAUCACUCUAGAACUUCAGAAAGGAAGAUUAUCUCUCUAUAUCAACCUGGGUGAUGCAAAGUUGCGUUUUGGAAAUACCCACACAAUGGUGACGUUAGGAAGCCUUCUAGAUGACCAGCACUGGCAUUCGGUCACCAUAGACAGAUUCAACAAGCAAGUUAACUUCACCGUCGACAAAUAUACUCAGCAUUUCCGAACAAAAGGCGACUCAGAUGAUUUGGAUAUCGAUUACGAGUUCAGCUUUGGAGGGAUUCCAGUGCCAGGAAAACCAGGGACGUUUCUGAAAAGGAAUUUUCAUGGCUGCAUGGAGAAUCUGUAUUACAAUGGAGUGAAUAUUAUUGAUCUGGCCAAGAGACGCAAACCGCAGAUCAACAUUGUGGGGAACAUAUCAUUUUCCUGUUCAGAGUCCCAUGUGGUUCCUGUCACUUUUACCAGCUCCAGCACAAGCUAUCUCCUGCUUCCUGGAACUUCACAAAUCGACGGCCUGUCCGUUAGUUUCCAGUUUCGCACAUGGAACAGUGAUGGUCUUCUGCUCUCUACUCAGCUUGCCGGAGAAUCUGCCGUGCUGGUUCUCCAACUCUAUAAUGGGAAGAUACUUCUAAUGAUCCAGAAGGAAUCAGUUAACAUUCUACCCAUAAGCACAGGCAGUGACUUAGACGAUGGUCUUUGGCACACAGUUUCCAUUAACGCAAGAAGACAUCGCAUCACUCUAACGCUGGAUAAUGGAGCCACACCUCCCGUCCAUGCCAAUAUGCCAAUACAGAUUUAUUCAGGAAACAAGUACUAUUUUGGAGGCUGCCCGGAUCAUCUUGCAGAUUCUCUCUGUAUAAACCCGAUUACUUCAUUUCAAGGCUGCAUGAAGCUUAUUUUCAUUGAUAAUCUGCCCAAAGACCUCAUUUUAGUCCAACGAGGCGCUCUGGGGAAUUUCAGUGAUUUGCAGAUCGAUACUUGUGGCAUCAGAGACAGGUGUCUGCCAAAUUACUGUGAACAUGGAGGAAGAUGUUCUCAAACCUGGAACACGUUUUAUUGUGACUGCAGUGAUACGGGCUACUCAGAGACUACCUGCCAUAGCUCAAUGUACGAAUCAUCAUGCGAAGCUUACAGACAAAAGGGCUACUCGUCAGGCCAUUACUUUAUUGAUUCUGAUGGAAGCGGGCCACUUGUAGCACUGCGUGUUUACUGCAAUAUAACAGAAGAUAAAACAUGGACUUCAGUUCAGCACAAUAUCACAGAGUUGUCUCCGGUACACAGGACAUUGGGUGGCAAGCCAUUCUCUGUGUCAUUAAACUAUACUAGCAGUAUGGAGCAGAUCGAAGCGAUGAUUAACAGCUCAGAAUACUGUGAACAGGAAGUAACUUAUCACUGUAAACACUCCCGACUCUUGAAUUCACCGAAUGGAGUCCCCUUUACUUGGUGGAUUGGGAGGGGAAACCAGAGACACACCUACUGGGGCGGGUCAGUGCCCGGAGACCAGAAGUGCGCUUGUGGAUUUGAGGAAAGCUGCAUUGACAUGAGACAUUUCUGUAACUGUGAUGCAGACAGAUAUGAAUGGGCAAACGAUUCUGGAUUUCUAAACUUUAAGGAGCACUUGCCAGUUUCUCAGAUUGUGAUCUCUGAUACUAACAGAUCAGGUUCAGAAGCAGCCUUUACCGUUGGACCUUUACGCUGCAGCGGUGACAGAAGCUUCUGGAAUGCAGCAACGUUCAACACAAUGGCAUCUUACUUGUAUUUCCCCACCUUCCAUGCCGAGUUCAGUGCUGAUAUCUCCUUCUUCUUCAAAACCACCAGUCCGUCAGGCGUGUUCCUGGAAAACCUUGGGAUCAAAUCAGAUUUCAUAAGGGUUGAACUACUCUCACCACACCAGGUUACAUUCUCAUACGACGCUGGGAAUGGCCCCAUCGAGGUUUCUGUACAGUCGGCCACAGCGUUGAAUGAUGAUCACUGGCAUUAUGUAAAAGCAGAAAGGAAUAUUAAAGAGACAACUCUUGUGGUCGAUGAUCAGCCCAGGAAGAAAGUCCAGGGUCCACUUGAUGGUCACUUCCGCCUACAACUUAACAGUCAGCUAUAUGUAGGCGGGACAUCAUCCAGACAACGGGGUUUUAUAGGUUGCAUGCGAUCACUGAAGCUGAAUGGACAAACAUUUGAUUUGGAAGAAAAGGCAAAAAUGACUUCUGGGGUGAGACCAGGAUGCCCCGGACACUGCAGCAGCUAUGGCAGUUUGUGUCACAACAAUGGGAAAUGUGUGGAGAAACGUAAUGGGUAUACAUGUGACUGCACUAACUCGGCAUAUGAAGGACCUUCCUGCAAGAAAGACGUUUCUGCCAUGUUUGAAGCGGGGACAUCAGUCACAUACGUUUUCCAGGAGCCUUAUCCUGUUUCUAAGAACACAAGUGCAUCGUCUUCCGCCAUAUAUGCAGAUAAUGCAAUCUCUAAAGAACACAUUGCGUUUAGCUUCCUAACGGGACAUUCUCCAAGCCUUUUGCUCUACAUAAGUUCAUUCUAUCAAGACUAUAUUGCUGUCCUACUCUGCAGAAAUGGAAGUUUACAAGUCAGAUACAAGUUAAGCAAAGAAGGAACUCAUAUCUUUACCAUUAACUCAGAAAGAUUCGACAACAGAAAAUUACAUCACGUGAAGAUCAGCCGAGAAGGAAAAUCAUUAACUAUUCAGGUGAACAAUAUCAUAAAACAACGGCAUAACUUUACAUCUGACAUAUAUUUCAAGGCUAUCAAAUCUCUCACGUUAGGGAAAGUUGUUGAUAGUCCAGGUCUUGAUUCAGAAGUUUCCAAAGCAAAUGCCCUGGGAUUCAUUGGGUGUUUGUCCUCAGUCCAGUACAACCACUUAGCUCCAUUGAAAGCGGCGUUGCGUCACGCGAGCAUCGCUCCUGUCACAGUGAUAGGGACCCUGUCUGAAUACGGCUGUGGAUCGAUCACUGACAUUGAUUUUAAUACGGUCACAACAACACAUUCAGCUUCAGAUCCCUUUGGAAAAGCUGAUGACCAUGAACCACUGACAAAUGCUGUAAAGAGUGAUUCAGCUGUCAUAGGAGGUGUCAUCGCAGUGACCAUAUUUAUCAUAUUUUGCAUCAUGGCGAUAAUGAUAAAGAUUAUCUAUCAACACAAGGAGACCCAUCGUAAAUCUCACUCCAAGGAGAAAGAAUUUCACAGCAGCCUCGAGCGCUCCUAUCGGAAUGAGAUGGACUUGCAGAACGCAGUCAGCGAGUGUAAAAAGGAAUAUUUUAUCUAA